AGGGCCGCUGCAGCCAGACACUGCUACCCUCACCAUGAGUCCCUGGCAGCCCCUGGUCCUGGUGCUCCUGGUGGUCGGCUGGUGUUCUACCGCCCCUCAAAGGCGCCAGCCUACCCUGGUGGUCUUCCCCAGAGAUUUGAAAAGCUCCAGUCUCACCGACACCCAGCUGGCAGAGGAAUACCUGUUUCGCUAUGGUUACACUAACGUGGCUGAGAUACACGGUGGGAACAAGACGCUGGGGCCUGCCCUGCUGCGCCUUCAGAAGCGGCUGUCCCUGCCCGAGACGGGUGAGCUGGACAGCGCCACGCUGAAGGCCAUCCGCACCCCACGCUGCGGGGUCCCAGACGUGGGCAAAUUCCAGACCUUCGAGGGCGACCUCCGGUGGCACCAUCACAACAUCACAUACUGGAUCCAAAACUACUCGGAAGACUUGCCGCGCGACGUGAUCGACGACGCCUUUGCGCGCGCCUUCGCGGCGUGGAGCGCAGUGACACCGCUCACCUUCACGCGUGUGUACGGUCGCGAGGCAGACAUCGUCAUCCAGUUUGGCGUCGCGGAGCACGGAGACGGGUAUCCGUUCGAUGGGAAGGACGGGCUCCUGGCCCACGCCUUUCCCCCUGGUCCCGGCAUUCAAGGAGACGCCCACUUCGACGACGACGAGUUGUGGUCUUUGGGCAAAGGCGUCGUGGUUCCGACCUACUAUGGAAACGCAAACGGAGCACCCUGUCACUUCCCCUUCACCUUCAACGGCCGCUCCUACUCCGCCUGCACCACCGACGGCCGCACGGACAACACGCCUUGGUGCAGCACCACGGCCCACUACGACACCGACCGCCAGUUCGGGUUCUGCCCCAGCGAGAGACUCUACACCCAGCACGGCAACGGGGAUGGCAAGCCCUGCGUGUUUCCCUUCAUCUUCGAGGGCCGCUCCUACUCCGCCUGCACCACCGAGGGUCGCUCCGACGGCUACCGCUGGUGCGCCACCACCGCCAACUACGACCAGGACAAGCUCUAUGGCUUCUGUCCCACUCGAGCCGACGCGACUGUGAUUGGCGGCAACUCGGCCGGGGAGCUGUGCGUCUUCCCCUUUGUCUUCUUGGGCAAGGAAUACUCGUCCUGUACCACUGAGGGUCGCCGGGAUGGGCGCCUGUGGUGUGCCACCACCUCCAACUUCGACACCGACAAGAAGUGGGGCUUCUGCCCAGACCAAGGAUACAGCCUGUUCCUUGUGGCAGCCCACGAGUUUGGCCACGCGCUGGGCUUAGAUCACUCCUCAGUGCCAGAGGCGCUCAUGUACCCCAUGUACCGUUUCCUCGAGGGCUCCCCACUGCAUGAGGAUGAUGUGAAGGGCAUCCAACAUCUCUAUGGUCCUGGCCCUGAACCUGAACCAAGACCUCCAACCACCAGCACCACACGUGAACCGCAGCCCACCGCUCCCCCGACCGUCUGCCCCACGCUAGCCCCCACGGUUUACCCCACAGCCGGCCCUACAGGCCCUCCUGCACCUGGCCCCACAGCUCCCACCUCGGCUGGCCCUACAGGUCCCCCCACGGCGGGCCCCCCUCCCUCCCCUACGGAGUCUUUGGGUCCAGUGGGCGAUCCCUGCAGGGUGAACAUUUUUGACGCCAUCGCGGAGAUCCGGAACAAUCUGCAUUUCUUCAAAGAUGGGCGGUACUGGAGGUUUUCUGAGGGCCGAAGGCGUCGGCUGCAGGGCCCGUUCCUUAUUUCCGACACGUGGCCCGCGCUGCCCGCCAGACUGGACUCUGCCUUUGAGGAUCCGCUCUCCAAGAAGAUUUUCUUCUUCGCGGGGCGCCAAGUGUGGGUGUACACAGGCGCGUCGGUGCUGGGCCCAAGGCGUCUGGAAAAACUGGGCCUGGGCUCGGAGGUGACCGAGGUCACCGGGGUGCUCUCGCGCGGCGGCGGAAAGGCGCUGCUCUUCAGCACCGAGCGUUUCUGGAGGUUUGACGUGAAGACGCAGAGGGUGGAUUCCCAGAGCGUCACUCCGGUGGACCAUAUGUUCUCAGGGGUGCCCUUGAACAUGCACAACGUCUUCCAAUACCGAGAGAAAGCCUACUUCUGCCAGGACCGCUUCUACUGGAGAGUGAGUUUCCGGGAUGAAGUGAAUCAGGUGGACGAAGUGGGCUACGUGACCCACAACAUCCUGCAGUGCCCUACCUAGGGCUUUCGUCCUGCUUCAGCAGUGCAAGGCAGGUUCCCUGGGGAACCGUCCCAGCGGAGAAGGAGCCCGUUUGCCGGAUACAAACUGGUGGUCUCUUCGGGAGGGUGGGGAGGGGUGGAGAUGGGCUGGGCCCUCUCUUCACACCUUCUUUUUUUUUUUUUGACAGAAUGUUUCUAAUAAACUUGGAUUCUCUAACUUGUAAAA